CCCGAGUGCGCCCGAGCCCGCGGCCCCCGCCCGGGGCGAUGGAGCCAGAGCCCGGCGGGGCGGCCGCUGCGCUCCUGCGGCAGAAGAGGGCGGCGCUGCGGCGCAGGGGGUGCAGCUUCGAGAGCCCCAGUACAGCACUGCAGCCUCCAGGCCCACUGAUGGAUCCGCUGACGAAAGGGUCCAGUGGGAGUCAGAUGGCACAGACCCUUCUAUGGAAAGCCAAGUCGUCUCUCUCCUUUGGCAUCCAGCCCCUGCAGACGUGGCCAACAAAAGACCCUGAAGUAGAGGCCCAGGUCAACCUCUCUGUCUCGGAAGACCUAGGCUGUAGACGUGGGGAUUUCAGUAGGAAACAUUAUGGAUCUGUGGAGCUGCUUAUCUCUAGUGAUGCCGAUGGAGCCAUCCAAAGGGCUGGAAGGUUCAGAGUGGAAAACGGCUCUUCAGAUGAGAAUGCAACUGCUCUGCCAGGCACUUGGCGAAGGACAGACGUGCACUUAGAGAACCCAGAAUACCACACCAGAUGGUAUUUCAAGUAUUUUUUAGGACAAGUCCAUCAGAACUACAUUGGAAAUGAUGCGGAGAAGAGCCCCUUCUUCCUGUCGGUGACCCUCUCUGACCAAAACAAUCAGCGUGUCCCUCAAUACCGUGCAAUCCUUUGGAGGAAAACAGGUACCCAGAAAAUAUGCCUUCCCUACAGCCCCACAAAAACGCUCUCUGUGAAGUCCAUCUUAAGUGCCAUGAAUCUGGACAAAUUCGAGAAAGGCCCCAGGGAAAUUUUUCAUCCUGAGAUACAAAAGGACUUGCUGGUUCUUGAAGAACAAGAGGGCUCUGUGAAUUUCAAGUUUGGGGUUCUUUUUGCCAAAGAUGGGCAGCUCACAGAUGAUGACAUGUUCAGCAAUGAAAUCGGAAGUGACGCUUUUCAAAAAUUUUUAAAUCUCCUGGGUGACACAAUCACUCUCAAGGGCUGGACAGGCUACCGUGGAGGUCUGGACACCAAAAAUGACACCACAGGGAUGCAUUCUGUUUAUACCGUCUACCAAGGGCAUGAGAUCAUGUUUCAUGUUUCCACCAUGUUGCCAUAUUCCAAAGAGAACAAACAGCAGGUAGAAAGGAAGCGCCACAUUGGAAAUGACAUCGUCACCAUCGUGUUCCAGGAAGGGGAGGAGCCUUCUCCCGCCUUCAAGCCUUCCAUGAUCCGCUCCCACUUUACACAUAUUUUUGCCUUAGUGAGGUAUGAUCAGCAAAAGGACAAUUACAGGCUGAAAAUAUUUUCAGAGGAAAGCGUACCACUCUUUGGCCCACCCUUGCCCUCCCCACCAGUGUUUACAGACCACCAGGAAUUCAGGGACUUUUUGCUAGUGAAAUUAAUUAAUGGUGAAAAAGCCACUCUGGAAACCCCAACGUUCGCCCAGAAACGUCGACGAACUCUGGAUAUGUUGAUUCGAUCUUUAUACCAGGAUUUGAUGCCAGAUUUGCAUAAGAACAUGCUUAAUAGACGAUCUUUCAGUGAUGUCUUACCAGAGUCGCCCAAGUCAGCACGGAAGAAAGAGGAGGCCCGCCAGGCAGAGUUCGUUAGAAUAGGGCAGGCGCUGAAACUGAAAUCCAUCGUGAGAGGGGAUGCCCCAUCAAGCUUGGUGGCAGCGGGGAUCUGUAAAAAAGAGCCUUGGGAGCCCCAGUGUUUCUGCAGUAAUUUCCCUCACGAAGCCGUGUGUGCAGAUCCCUGGGGCCAGGCCUUGCUGGUUUCCACUGAUGCUGGCGUCUUGCUAGUGGAUGAUGACCUUCCAUCAGUGCCAGUGUUUGACAAAACUCUGCCCGUGAAGCAGAUGCAUGUGCUGGAGGCUCUGGACCUUCUGAUUUUCAGAGCAGACAAAGGGAAAGACGCCCGCCUCUUUGUCUUCAGGCUGAGCGCUGUGCAGAGGGGCAUUGAGGGCAAGCAGGCCGUGAAGGGCAAAUAUGACUGCAGAGAAAACAAGCUGGAGAAAACCAAAGGCUGCCACUUGUAUGCCAUGAACACUCACCAUAGCAGAGAGCUGAGGAUCGUGGUUGCCAUUCGGAAUAAACUGCUUCUGGUCACGAGGAAACACAGCAAGCCAAGCGGGGUGACCGGCAUGUCACUGUUAUCUCCCCUGCCCGAGUCACCUGUUGAAGAAUUCCAGUACAUCAGGGAGAUCUGUCUGUCCGACUCUCCCUCAGUGAUGACCUUGGUAGAUGGGCCAUCGGAAGAGAGUGACAACCUCAUCUGCGUGGCUUACCGGCACCAAUUCGACGUGGUGAACGAGAGCACGGGGGAGGCCUUCAGGCUGCACCAUGUGGAGGCCAACAGGGUUAAUUUCGUUGCAGCUAUUGAUGUGUACGAAGACGGGGAAGCCGGUCUGCUCCUGUGUUACAACUACAGUUGCAUCUAUAAAAAGGUUUGCCCGUUUAAUGGUGGCUCUUUUUUGGUUCAACCCUCUGCAUCAGAUUUCCAGUUCUGUUGGAACCAGGCUCCCUGUGCGAUUGUCUGUGCAUUCCCCUACCUGCUGGCCUUCACCACCGACUCCAUGGAGAUCCGCCUGGUGGUGAACGGGAACCUGGUCCACACGGCCGUCGUGCCUCAGCUGCAGCUCGUGGCCUCCAGGUUUGAAUUUGUGUCCCACAAACUAUGGCUGACAGACUAAUUCACGUCUGGUAACAGAAUGUGACCAAAACCGAAGGAUGCAGGAACGACGAUCUUCCCAGCUGUCUUCUACUCCUGGCGCAUAAUCCAGCAGGUCUUGUUCUAGUCCCCUCCCCCCAGUCAGCCCCACACCCUCUCCCUGGCUUGCCAGGCCAGGCUGGUGCCUGCUGCACGCCUGGAGCACGUUUCCAUCCUGACCUGCAUCACAUUUGGUGGUGGGUGACUGCGUACUUUCCCCACCGCACUGACAGUUCUGUGAGAGCAGAGACUGAGCAUCUUAUUCACUAACGUAGCGCCAGUGGGGUGCUGGUAAGUGUGUAACUACCACCAGCCCUCUGGAAAAUGGGUGUGUGUAUGUAUACACACACAUAUAUGGACAUCAGUUGAUUACAAAUUUUACAGAUUAUAAAAUGUAAAUAGCUUACAAUUUACAAAUAAUAAAAUAUACAAUGCUUUUAUCUUAAAAGUCCAUUUAGCCAACUGGCUCUCACAAAAUGCUUUUGUUAAUUUUGGCUGAAUUCCUUUCUCCGUAGCCAAACUAAUGCAGCAGAUCGACCACAAUUUUAUGGUUGGAAUUAUAUCUCCAUCCGUUCUUCUUUUUCCAAGUUUCUUGUCAUUAAAUCUGAUGUGUGGGGCUUCCCUGGUGGAGCAGUGGUUAAGAAUCUGCCUGCCAAUGCAGGGGACACGGGUUCGAGCCCUGGCCCGGGAAGAUCCCACAUGCUGCAGAGCAGUUGAGCCUGUGCACCACAACUAUUGAGCCUGCGCUCUAGAGCCCGCGAGCCACAACUACUGAGCCCACGUGCCACAACUACUGAAGCCCGUGCACCUAGAGCCCUGCUCCGCAACAAGAGAAGCCACCGCAAUGAGAAGCCUCUGCGCCGCCACGAAGAGUAGCCCCCGCUCACUGCAACUAGAGAAAAGCCCACGCACAGCAACGAAGACCCAACACAGCCAAAAAUAAAUAAAUAAAUAAAUUUAUUUUUAAAAAAUCUGAUAUGUGAUCUAUUAAACUAUUUUUCACUCUUGUACAAAUCAUUAAACCAAAACUUCUCUCAAUUUUAGCAUUAGAUUCAACACACUUUUAAUUUUAAUCUUCAUUAUUAACAUUUUCUUCAUCACUGUAAGUCUAGACAAUCAACAAAACAACAAAUCAAGCUCUGAUUUGUAGCAUUUGCCGAUUUCCAUGGUGUAAACAGUCCCACCAUGACUGAUCUCAAGCUUCCCAUGUGACACGAUGGAACACAGCGUUAGGAGCCGCUGUUACACAGCAUCGCCCCACCCGCCCAAGACAGUGUUCAUGUAAAUUACCUCAAGAGCUUGGAGAAUACUCAAGGUAGUAAAAUAAUUAGGAAUGGCUGAAUUUUGAUAUUUAGUUCCUUUGUUUUUUAAUAUAAUUUAAGUUUAAUAAUGGCUGUGUUUAGCAGCCGGCUUGCAAAAUCCCUGAAACUCAGUGUCCCUGAGUCCACAUACCACCACCGUUACCCCAAAACCAGCGCAUCGAGGGUGUGCUUGAGUAUUUGCUGAAUCAUGAGAACCCAUUUCCCCACCUGUGACAUGGUCUGACUGAAUCCCAAACCCUCUCCAGUUCUAACCUCCAGGUGCCCGAGAUCCAUGUCGGGGGAGUGUGUUGUGUCUGUGUUUGCAGCAGGUGUGUGGGAAAUUGACUCUUUUCUAUUGUGUAUCAGCAAACAGAUAAGUGGGUGAGGUGAGCGCUCAGGAAACGUCUGCGUGCAGAGCUGGAAGCCGCUUCCCCGGCUCGUUCCUGCACCACAGUCCCCGAGUGGGGGGGGGAGUUGGGGGCCCUGCAGUGAUGACAGAAGGGCCGGUGGGUGCAGGGCCUGUAACAGCAGGUGGCUCAGUAAC